AUGACGACGGCGGAAAAGAUGCCCAUGAUGCUGGACACCGCCAUGCCCGUCGGCCUUGGCGGCGUGGACGACCUCUUUGGUGAUGAGGUUCCCCUUUCCUUACCGCCGAAGACGCAAGGUCGAUAUCUUCAUCAAAGGCUCGAUGAGCUACGAAACCGCGGCUGCUGCCAAACAGUCGCGUGGUCUAGAGCAGGUACCAUUGCAUCUAUCACCUCCGAUGGCCUGGGCUUGGAGCUGCGCAUGCUUCGGGCGCACCCAUCAAAUGGCACUUGGGGGCUGAGUGAACCCACCACGACGGACCUCGUGAAAGGCACAGUCGCCAACCCUCUUGUGCAUCUGGAAUGGAGUCCCACCACGGCGCCCGAUCUUGCCGUAUUUGACUCUGUAGGGCGUGCCUCGAUUAUCAACUUUCCAGUCUCACUAAACAGCCCCUACGCCAAUCGCAAGUGGGAUGCCGAUGCUGUUGAUGAUAUGAACGCCGUCGUUGGAUGCCACUGGCUACCGGUGGCGCCUGUUCCGCAGAAACCAUUCAAUGUCCUAUAUGGGCCUGCUGUCAAGCCAUCCAAGCCGAACAGCUUGUAUCAAUACGAAAACUCCUUUGUACACGCAAUGGGCCCCCACCACCCGCAUACAGCGAAAAGCGCUUUGUUUUGCGUUACCAUGGGUGGAUUGCUAAAGAUGUACUGGAGUCAAAACAAUGGUAAAAUGGAAGAGACGACGAUGGAGCUAGAGAGCAUCUGCUCCUCAGAUGAGCUAGUGACACAUGCGUCACUCGCUACGGACAAAAAAUACCUCAUCAUUGUUCUCACGACAGCGACCAAGAAACUCAAAGUCAUCAAGCUGGAAAUUCAGUGGGCUGGUCCCGGUGCAGUGCAAGAGAAGACGCAGCUUUCCCAAACAGCGCGCCUGAACCCUUCACUCGUGGAAGAUCAUCUCGCCAGUAUUGACUGGCUUCAGAUGGUUGACGAGCCAUCAUUACCCGAAUUCACAUCUCUACAAGCUCUAGCUUCCAUUGUUGACAAUGCUGGGAAAGCCGGGCCUGCGCUCAUUAUUGGCGCUCGUGCCCGCUCAUCCGGUGUUGGUGGCUUCGAGAUGACGCAGACAAUUAUAGAUCGCUGGGAGUGUGUCGAGCAUAAACCAUCAGUACAGACAGCCUUUGAGCAAAUCGGAAGUCGUCGUAACAGCGUUUCCACCGUGCAAGAGCUACCUGUUUCGAUGCGACUGAAGCGGCUGGACCCAGUCACAAUUAACAAGACUGUGAUUGGCAUGCAAGUCUCUCAGUUUGGCAAAGUGCUGGUUCUCAUAAUGUCAGAUGGAUCAGUCGAACACAGGGACCGCUUCACGUUUGAAGAGCUCUAUACGACUAUGGACGAAUCGAGAAUCAUGAACCUCAAGCAGGCUGGCUGGACCUUCAGUGAAGAGGGACCAUGCUACCAAGCUGCCCUGUCGCCUACGCAAUGCUCCAUGAUUCAGACCGGCGAUGACGGCAAACUGAAGUGGAGCAAGCUGACGCAUGCACAAGGCGAUAUUGGAGAAAGUAACAACGACAGUAUAUAUGGUGCUAGCGUGGCUGCCCUUACCAUUGCUGCUGCGGGUUGCGUUUAUACGUCUAGCAGUUGUGAUGAUGUACUGGCCAUUGCGCACCCACUGGCGGAGAAGAAGCGAUUUACGCAAGACUGGAUCCAAGAAUUAAUAAGGAUACUGAAGAUCCAAGUCGACUACUCGCAGGAAAUUCACCACGAGUCUCUGAUGCGUAACACCGCACUCUAUACUUGCAUGAGUAUCAUGAGCAGUCUUGGCUAUAGAGGAGAGAAUGCGGCCCGAUCUUUCCAGAGCAAGUUUGCCAACAUCUGCCUGAAUGUGCGCAUCAUUGUCAUCACUACCACGCUGGCAAGCAACACGCCACUACAAGCCAGAGACAAAAUGUCACCUCUGGAUGAGCCAGAGGUGGUGGAAGCCUUGGCCGGAGAGCUCAAGUGGUCUCUGGAUCUGCUUGCCUGGAUCCUCGAUUGCCUCUUUGAGCUCAUGAGCAACGACAAAUUUAUGGACAGCCUCAACAACAAGUUCUCCAGUGCCCUGGAGUACCUGGCCGAGCGCAACGAUGUGGCGCUGCACCUGCUCCUGAGCUCGGGCACGCGCAGCUUCCUGUCAGCGCUGUGCCGGCGGAUCGCGCACCUGGACGGCAUCAGCGGGCGUGCCGUCGACUUUUACCGGCAGCAGGCGGCCGAGGCGGAGCAGUCCGGGGUAGCGCGGCUGCCGAGCGGGCAGCUGCAGCAGGCGUACCAGCGGAUGCAACAGGUGACGAGCGCGGGGCUGGUGCCCGUCGCGGCGUUUGAGAAGAUGCUCAACACGCUGGGCCACGACAUCAAGCAGGCGUACGCCGUCUACUUGCCGGCGAUGCUCAAGCAGAACAGCGGUGGGCACCCGCCGCCGCAGGGCAAGCAGAUUGACAUGCUCAUCAAGCAGUCGCAGUCGCAGAUGGAGGUGAUUAUGCUGCUCUCGCGCGCCGUGCCGCCGGCGUUUGUGCCGCUGGUAAAAAAGUUUUUUGGCGAAGACCUGAGGGGGAUGCGCACGCAGACGGACCCGGCGCAGCUCUUCUUUGCGGACUUUGCGGCGCUGGGUGUGCAGGACGACAAGAGCAGCCUCGCGGCGCGGGUUGCGAGGGGCGGCGCCUACUAUGAUGUGUUUAAACGCGUGGAGCUGAGGCCCGGCGGCAGCGCGCAGGCGUUGAAGCCGUGGCGACGGUGCGUGCGGUGCCCGGCGGUCAUGGAGGACGUCUCGCCGAACAGGCCAGGCGUUACGAAUGGAGAUGGUAAUCAAUUUGUCUAA